UCUCGUUCUCUCAUGCACUAGUCUGAGUCUCCUGAAAGCGCUAACGCGUUUAGAAGAAGAGGCCAGAGCGCGAGGAAAUGCUGUUAUUAUUAAAUGAGAUACAUUAACCAGGGCUGUUAAUGAAAACUUACCCUUCGAGUCAGCGGAGGAUUAUAAGAGUGGACCGGUGUAAAACAUGGCUCGUAAGAGAAGGAAAUGUAAUUUUGAAGAAGAUGAAAAACAGUCCUUAUUAAAGGAGGAGGACAGUCAAGAAGAAGAUAACCCAGACAAUACUAUUGAGGGCAGUGCUAAGAAGAAACUGAGUGUGGAAGAUCCAUUUAUAGUGAUCUCUGACAGUGAUGAAGAGGCUGUGAAAGCUGUAAAUGGAUUGCCGAAAAGAAAAGGCAGGCUUGCACGAAGCAGGAGAGUUCUGGAGAAGAGGAGAAUUGCACGUAAGCUAGAAAAUGAUGAUAAAGGUCACACCAAUUAAAAUGUUAAAAUUAGGUCAUUUAGCACAUACUU